AGCCCGGACACACCCACCUCUCUCUCUCUCGUGGAUAAAACUCUUCACUGCGGAGUCGUCUGCCGCACUCAUCCUUCUAUUCUCUCCAUUCACGACUACCUUCUCCGUUAUUUCUUCCACAAACCAUCCAGGAUGGUGUCUCAUAAGGAGUUCACGAACGCGGGGAAGCAGGCCGGGCUGCAGAUCUGGAGGAUUGAGAACUUGGACCUGAAGCCCGUGCCCAAAGCCCUCCACGGGAGCUUCUACACCGGAGACGCCUACCUGCUUCUCCACACCACCUCGCUCCCCUCCUACAGCAUUCACAUGUGGAUCGGAGAUGAGUGCUCCCAGGACGAGAGUGGAGCUGCGGCCAUCUUCGCCACUCAGCUGGAUGACUUCCUGGGGGGCGGGCCUGUGCAGUACAGAGAGGUGCAGAACUGUGAGUCCAGAACGUUCCAGGGGUACUUCAAGACCGGCAUCAGAUACCAGAGAGGGGGAGUGGCCUCGGGGUUCCAGCACGUGGUCACCAACAGCGCAGACGUGAAGAGGCUGCUGCACAUCAAAGGCCGCAGGGUCGUCCGGGCAACCGAGGUCGACCUGAAAUGGACCUGUUUCAACAGAGGAGACUGUUUCAUCCUGGACCUGGGGAAGGACAUCUACCAGUGGUGUGGCAGUGAGUGUAAUCGCUACGAGAGGCUCAAGGCGUCGGAGGUGGCCAUCGGUAUCCGUGACAACGAGAGGAACGGCAGAGCCAAACUUCACCUGGUGGAGGAGGGAGACGAGCCGGACGCCUUCACUCAGGUGUUGGGGCCUAAAACCUGCAUCGCUCCUGCUUCUCCUGACGAUGAGAAAGUGGAGGUGUCCAACAGGAAGAAGGGCGCCCUCUACAUGAUCUCUGACGCUUCAGGGUCCAUGAAGGUCUCCGUGGUGGCCCCCUCCAGCCCCUUCAAACAGGCCAUGCUCUCUGCUGAGGAGUGCUACAUCCUGGACAACGGCGUGGACAGAAACAUCUUUGUGUGGAAGGGUCCCAAAGCAAACACGUCUGAGCGUAAAGCGGCCAUGUCAGCUGGACAGAAGUUCAUCAAGGACAAAGGCUACUCCCAUAAGACUCAGAUCCAGGUGCUUCCGGCCGGAGCGGAGACCACUCUGUUCAAACAGUUCUUCAGCGACUGGAAGGACAAAGACCAGACCACGGGCCCCUCCAAAGCCUACGCCAUCGGACGCAUCGCCAAGAUCAAACAGGAGCCUUUCGACGCCUCCUCCCUCCACAGCAACAAGGCCAUGGCCGCCCAGCACGGCAUGGUGGACGACGGCAGCGGGAAAGUCCAGAUCUUUCGGGUGGAGGAUGGAGCUAGUGUCCCCGUGGACCCAGCCUCCUACGGACACUUCUACGGUGGAGACUGUUACCUGAUCCUGUACAGCUACAGACUGGGAGGGCGCGAGCAGCACAUCAUCUACACAUGGCAGGGGCUGAAGUGCACUCAGGACGAGCUGGCAGCUUCAGCCUUCCUCACAGUGAAGCUGGACGACUCUAUGGGAGGAGCUCCAGUUCAGGUGCGUGUGACCCAGGGCCAGGAGCCUCCUCACCUCAUGAGUCUGUUCAAGUCUAAGACCAUGAUCAUCCACAGCGGAGGAACCUCCCGGAAAGGAGGACAGACCCAGACGGCGAGCACCCGUCUGUUCCACAUCCGCCAGAGCUCAUCUGGGGCCACACGUGCUGUCGAGGUGGAGGCGAGUGCGUCCAAUCUGAACACAAACGACGUGUUUGUGCUGAAGAGUCCCUCCGCUCUGUUCGUGUGGAGAGGAGCCGGGGCCAGUGACGAGGAGAUGAACGCAGCCAAACAUGUGGUGGGAUUCUUAGGAGGAAACCCCUCGACUGUGAGCGAAGGCCGUGAGCCAGGUGAUUUCUGGUCGACUCUGGGAGGAAAGGCGGAGUACCAGACGUCCAAGGCCCUCCGCGAUGUGGUCAACCCUCCGAGACUGUUCGCCUGCUCCAACAAAACCGGACGCCUCUCGGUUGAAGAAGUUCCGGGGGAUUUCACUCAGUCUGACCUGGCCACAGAUGACGUCAUGCUCCUGGACGCUUGGGAUCAGAUCUUCAUUUGGGUGGGAAAAGACGCCAAUGCCGAGGAGAAGACUGGAGCUCCAAAAAUAGCUAAAGAGUACGUUGACUGUGACCCCUCCGGCCGCAGAGGGACCCCCAUCACCACCAUCAAACAGGGGGCAGAGCCGCCCACCUUCACCGGCUGGUUCCAGGCCUGGGACGCUCACAUGUGGGACACUGACCUUCUGGAGCGCAUCCGGGCUCGCUUCUGAGGACACCCAGGACCACCACCCCGUCUAGAGGACCACCACCCACCACCCCGUCUCUAGGACCACCACCCACCACCCCGUCUCUAGGACCACCACCCACCACCCCGUCUCCAGGACCACCACCCCGUCUCCAGGACCACCACCCCGUCUCCAGGACCACCACCCCGUCUCCAAGACAACCGAUUUCCACUACCAGUCGAUAGUUUGGACAGGCCUUUUCAUUCUGUUUUUUCAUGACUAUUUCCAUUGUAGAGAAUCACUGAAGGCAUCAGAACUAUCAAUGGACACAUACACAGUGCAAAACAAUCAGCUACAUUCACUUUUUCAUUUAGAUUUUAGGUUUUUGAAUAGCCACCCUUUGCUUGACCCUGAUGUGAAAUGAAAACCAUUUCAGGAGACUUCAUCAAGAAGCUCAGUGAAAGAAGGAUAAGGGUUUGCAGCACUGUUUACAAAGCAAAGGUAAACUUAAAGGAUUUGAAUAUAAAAUCUAAAAAAGAUUUCAUGAAGUAGUAGUUUCUGUAGUACGUAGUUCCAUGUAUAUUUUACACCGUAUAUCUGAUGUCUUCUGUUUGUAUCUAAAAUGUAGUAGUAGUAAACAUGAAGAAAGGGACCACUGAAAACUGUAUGUCCAAACUUUUCACUGGUAAUGUACCCACCCAGUCCCCACUGCCCAGCACCUACAGCCAUGUUCUUUUUCUACCUGCAGUCCCAAGUGCCAAACCUCAUAUUUCAGUGCUUCGCGUCAGGCCAACGGUGCAGUGCGCCAAAUGACACAUUCUCUUUUUACUUUUUACUAUGAAGUGUCCGCAGUGCUCUGUGGACUGAUGCAUUCAGGUGCUUCAAGACAUCUCAGUAUCGCUUCGUUUGCCUAGAAAUGAUCUUUGAGCAUUAAAUAGAGAAGUAGUUUCUUUUUAAAACGUAGUCGUGUUCUGACGCCUGUCCGCCAUUUUAUGUUUUGAUAUUUUUUUGCUAUAAUGAACCCAACUUAAUGUUAUUUUGUAUGUUUUACCCGUAGACUAUUUGUAGAGACGGACCGAGCCAAGCUGAAACUAUUUGGACACUUCAUUUGUGCACUUAUGAUAUUCACUUCAAAACUAUUUAAAAAUAUAAUAUUGUCGAAAUUGUUAAAUUGUUAAAAAUACCACAUACAAAAGUGUGUAUACAAAAAACAACGAACUUAAGCGUUUUUCAUUUCACAAGCCAUAAAUUAUACUCACUGUUAAAGGUGCAAUGCGUAGGUUUUCUGGUGAAGGGUUCGUCACCUGCUUGUCUCCAUGGAGAAGUUACAGUAUUGCUUUGUCUAGAAUGUUCCACAGUCUGGCAUUUCACUUAUUUUCAAGGUUUUUAGGCUGCAUUUGAAUAAAUAUAAGACAGAUACGUUUAAUGACAUACCGUAUUUUCCGGGCUAUUAGACGCGCUCUUAAGCCUCUAACCGCAUCAAAAAACAUCCGCUCGCCACAAUCCAGAGCGCCCCAUACACAAAGCCACUCCGGUGUCCCAGUACGACUUCAGUAAACUGCAAAGCCGCACCACCCGCAGAACACACAAAACACACACGGAGCAGACAGCGACCACACAGCGAAACACACCCACAGACACACUCAUCACUCCACACCGACGAGGAACGGAACGAAGGAACGAACUGAAAAAGCGAGUGCAAUGUGCCACUUCUAGACACAACUGAACAACUGAGUCACUGUGAACACGCCGACAAUCCAGUGGUCCCAGACAGCACCCUCCCUACACACCACAACUGAACAAAGCCCAGAGUCACCGUGAACGAACAAACAAACAAAACCACUCACCCAUCACACUGUUGGGUUUCCUUUAAAGUCCGGUGCGGUUUAUUUGUGAAAAAAGUUAGAAAAUAGACCAUUUAAUGACAGUGCGUCUUAUAAUCCAGAGCGACUAAUCGUCCAUAAAAUACCGUGGAACAUUUUAGGAAACGCAAAUAACAUUUCCAAUUUUUUCUGGGCGUCUUUGUGCCACGAAACCAGCUGUAAUUGAAUAAAUAUAAAGUAGAGUUGUUUAAUGUCAUGUUGUGGAACAAUGACAUAUCCAUAGAAACAAGCAGGUGAUGAAGCCCCAACCAAAAAGUUACACAGUGCAUCUUUAGAGAGUAAAAUGAUUAUUCUUCAGAGAGCUUCACAGUUUUUCCCCUUAAACAGAAGCGCAUCUUUAAGUGUACAAGUGCGUUCUGAGGCUUAAAAUGAAAUCGGAAAGCAAAUAAUGCAAAGCAACUUCACUCAUGUUUUUAACGUUUACAGAAAUAUAGAAUUUAAAUCCAACUUUUUAUUUGAUAUCAUAGAAAACAAGUCAUUAAAUAUUGUACGGCAGCUGUCCCGUCGUCUGUCUCUGUAGUUGCUUUCAUCUUUGGUACUGAAGUGCUGUGUUUUUGCAUGCCGCUUGAAGACACUCCCUCUCCAGCCUCCGCGAAGGAGCUUUGAGAUCUGUGUCCGUACUUUUACUUGACCCUUGCUUUUAAAUAAACCCUUUACAGUAUUUGGAUCAAA